CUGAGAAAGCGACUUUGCGCCACAACGACGGAUGCCUGUGACUGCCACCCGUCGGCGUCCCUAGGCGCUUCGUGCGACGCGGAGAGCGGGCAGUGCACCUGCCGGAACAGCUACGGCGGCCGUCAGUGCCUCCACUGCCAAGUGGGCUUCUACGACUACCCCACCUGCAAACUGUGUUCGUGCGACCCGACGGGCACUACGGAGGAGGUGUGCAGCAACCGGACGGGCCAGUGCCUGUGCAAGCCCCAGUACGGGGGCCCACGCUGCGACCAAUGUGCCCCGGGAUUCUACAACUUCCCCAACUGCAUUCCCUGUGAAUGCGACAGCAAGGGCUCCCUGGGCAAUUCGUGCGACAACGCGGGCAAGUGCCACUGCCUGGCCAGCUUCACGGGCCUGCGAUGCGACCAGUGUGCCCCGGGCUACUACAGCUACCCAGACUGCAACCCCUGUGGCUGCGACUCGUACGGAUCCGUGGGACUGUCGUGUGGGAGCGACGGCACCUGCUUCUGCAAGCCCAGCUUCGACGGAGAGAAGUGCGACCGCUGCAAGAAGGACUUCUACAACUAUCCCCUCUGCGAAGGCUGCAACUGCAACCCGGCGGGGAUUCUGGCGACGUUUGGCGGCUGCGGCAGCCUGACGAGCGGGGAGCUGUGCGAGUGCAAGGAGCGCGUCACGGGACGCAUCUGCGACCAGUGCCGCCCGCUCUACUGGAACCUCAAGCCGAGCGACCCGCAGGGUUGCGAGGACUGCGAGUGCCACUCCCCGGGCACCCUGGGGGGGCUGCGGGUGUGCGACGGCCAGAGCGGCCAGUGCCUGUGCAAGCCCAACGUGGGCCAGCGCCAGUGCACAGAGUGCCUCGACGGGACCUUCCACCUCCAGGACCAGGACCUGCUCGGCUGCCAGGACUGCCAGUGCGACGUGGGCGGAGCGGUGGGCAGCUCGUGCGACGCCCGGAGCGGGCAGUGCCAGUGCCGGCCCCGCAUCACGGGGCGCCGUUGCUCGGAGCCCCUGCAGGCGCACUUCUUCCCCACGCUGCACCAGCACAAGUACGAGGUGGAGGACGGACACACCCCCAGCGGGGUCAACGCCCGCUUUGACUUCGACAGCGGCCUCUUCCCGGGCUUCUCCUGGAAGGGCUACGCCAUCUUCUCCAACAUUCAGAAGGAGAUCCUGAUUGACCUGCACAUCCAGAAGCCUGGGCUGUACCAGGUGAUAGCGCGCUACGUGAGCCUCAACGGCGACAAUGUGUACUGCAACAUCAGCUUCACUCCGGACACGUACGGAGAGACCAAGCAGACGGAAACGCUGGUGCUGCCCCCGAGCCGAGAGCCCCGCUUCCAGGGGGUGGUGGGGCAGGACGGGGUCACUGCCCUCCCCUUCGUGCUGAACCCCGGCCGAUGGACCCUUUCCAUCAAAGCCCCCCGGACUACAUGGUGCUGCUGCCCGAGGCAUUCUACGAGGCGACGCUGCUGCAGGAGCGGGUGCGCCACCCGUGCCUGCGGGGGGGCAACAUGGCGGGCCCUUGCCGCCAACUGCGCUACCCGGCCCUGCCGGACACGGCCGUGCCGGUGGCCGCCGCCCAGGGAGCGGACGGACAGGGUGCCCCCGUGCAAAUUCUCGACGACGCGGACGUCCUGGAGGAGCUGCACAGCGGGCCCAUGGCUCACCUGGACGAAGACCACGGGUCCCUGCGGCUGGACCUGCGAGUGCCCAGGGCCGGGCCGCACGCCCUGGUCUUCUUCUACCACUCGCUGGACAAUGACGGCUCUGUGGCCGCAGACCUGGUGCUGUCGGGCGCCGACCGGCUGGCCACGGGCAGGGCAAACUUCCACCACUGCAACUACAACCUGCUCUGCCGACAGGGGGAACCACGACAACUGCCUCAUCUGUGCCUGCCCGAUCCCGUUGCCCUCCAACAACUUCGCCGACAGCUGCGAAGUGUCUCCGAGCGGACAAGAGAUUAGCUGCAACUGCAAGAAGGGCUACUACGGACCUCGUUGCGACGUCUGUGAUGCGGGCUACUUUGGCGAGCCCGACGUGAUUGGCAGCAGCUGCAAGCCGUGCGAGUGCAGCGGCAACAUUGACCCGGCCAACCCGGCCUCUUGUGACUCGGUGACGGGGGAGUGCGUGCUGUGCCUCAACAACACGUCCGGACCCGCCUGCGAACUGUGCGCUCCGGGAUUCUACGGCGACACCAUCUCUGUCAAGGACUGUCGCAAGUGCUGCUGCAACCAGUGCGGCAUGCACUCCUGCAAUCCCCUCCAGGGCACCUGCAACUGCCACUCCAACGUGGAAGGGAGCCUCUGCGACUGUUGCGCACCCAACCACUGGGGGUUCUCGGAGUGCCGAGGCUGCCGCUCGUGCGACUGCAGCCUGGCCUCUCAGUCCAAGCAGUGUGACCUGGAGACGGGACAGUGCCCCUGCCAGCCGGGGGCUGGAGGGCCGCGCUGCGACGUCUGCGAGCCGGGCUACUGGCGCUAUUCGGCCGACGGAUGCAUCUCGUGCAACUGUGCGGCCAAGUUUUCGGCGGGUGCCGUGUGCAACCAGCAGACGGGCCAGUGCCAGUGCCUGCCCGGCGUGGAAGGGGACAAGUGUGACCGGUGCCCCUACCGAUGGGUCUUCGUGGAGCGCGAGGGCUGCAAGGAGUGUGGCGAGUGCGUGCACGCCCUGCUGGAUGACACGGACAGCCUGGAGCAGAUGAUCGACAACAUCGGGGACGAGAUGCGUGACAUCUCUUCCACUUACCUGGCCAACCAGCGGCUGCAGCUCGUCAACCAGACUGCGCACGACCUGAAAGAGCAGCUGAUGAGCUUCAGCGGAAAGCCCGCCUCCCUGGACGUGAGCCCCCUGGCGCAGAACGUCAGCGAUCUGGAAGCACUGGCCUCGACAGUGCGCAAGGACGCUUCGAGCCUGGCGCUCUCGGCUACGGCGAACAACCACACGGCGUACAAGACAAGGCUGGAAGCCGACCGGGAAGAGCUCAACGUGGAGAAGACGGUCCAGGAGAUGCGAGACAUUCUGAGCAGCCUGACAGCCUUCUCCGAGGGCCUGGGCUCGACUUCUACCGCCAACGUGGAGCCGCUGCUCGACGAAGCCACCCGCAUCGUGGAGCUUCUCAAUGCCACCGAGUUCAUGAGGCCCUUCGCCGAAGCAGAGGAAGAGCUGGCGCAGGCCAGAGAAGGCCUGGAGCGUGCGCAGAACUUCUCGCUGCCGGCGGUGCAGAACGACGCAACCCUGGAGGACCUGCGGCAGACGAUGGCGGAGGAGCUGGAGGGGCGCCUCUACGAGCUGGCCAACCACACCCAGAGGGUCGAGGACAUGGUGCGGGAGGUGGCCCACCUGCAGAACACGGCUAACAGCUCCCCGUUCAGGGGGAUCAUUGCCCAAAGCGAGGAGCUCAAGUUGCAGUCCGAGGCACUUCAGAAGGAGGCCAGGGAACUCCUUCGGGCCUGCCAGGACUACUACCCGGACGCAGAAAACGCCUAUGAGGUGAGCACCCAUGCUACCUUACUGAAAGCGAUGGCCUUUCACAAGGAGUGUUGGGAAAUGCGCUCAGAAUCUUACAUAAUAUGCUUGCUAGUGGAGUAA